AUGACGAAAUCUAGCGAUGAUAAAAAAGCGUCAAAUCAGUUAAGUGAAACUGAGCAGAAUUUUCUGCGUGCAGCUCGAGCUGGAGACUUGGCUAGAGUCGUAGAACUUUUAAAUGCCGGUGUACAUAUCAAUCUUUCAAAUGCCAUUGGACUUACUGCACUUCAUUUAGCCUCAAAAGAGGGCUAUGUCCGCGUCGUAGAUGAGUUACUUCAGCGUGGAGCAGAUUUCGAUGCCCCUACAAAAAAAGGGAAUACUGCACUUCAUAUUGCCAGUUUGGCUGGUCAUUUUGAAGUAGUCAAAUUACUUUUAGAUGCGGGUGCCAACUUAAACCGUCAGUCAGUUAUUGGAUUCACUCCGUUAUACAUGGCGGCUCAAGAAAAUCAUCUUGAUGUUGUUGACCUCCUUCUUCAACGUGGCGCUAAUCAGGCGUUAACUACGGAGGAUGGUUUUACUCCUCUAGCAGUGGCUUUACAACAAGGUCAUGAUCGUGUUGUUGCACAUCUUUUAGAAAGAGAUUCCCGUAGUCGUGGUGGUAUGCCUGCCCUGCAUAUUGCAGCCAGAAAAGAUGAUGCAAAUGCUGUCAGUCUUCUGUUAAAUAAUGCAGAAGUCAAUGUCAACCAUCAGUCUCAACCUGGAUUCACUCCUCUGCAUAUUGCUGCACACUAUGGUAAUGUGACUGUGGCACGUCUGCUAAUCGAUCGUGGAGCAGAUGUAAAUUUUCAAGCUAAGAAUAAUAUCACGCCUCUACAUGUUGCUGCAAAAUGGGGUCGUGGUGGAAUGGUUCAGCUACUGUUAAGUGCAAACGCCCUGGUUGAUUGUCGUACACGUGAUGGUUUAACGCCACUGCAUUGCGCUGCAAGGUCAGGUCAUGGAGAACUAGCUUCAUUGUUAGUUAGUGCUGGUGCGAAUCCAUCGGCUAAAACAAGGAGUGGGUUAACACCUUUGCAUAUGGCUGCUCAAGGAAAUAAUGAAGAGGUUGCCCGAGUGCUUAUCCUUUGUGGAGCAAGUGUAGCCGAUAGAACUGGAGAUUCUUUAACUCCGUUACAUGUAGCUGCUCAUUGUGGAAAUGCAGAAGUUGCACGUGUACUAUUAGAUAAUGGAUGUGAUGUAAAUGCUCGUGCUUUAAAUGGCUUUACUCCGCUCCAUAUUGCCUGCAAAAAACAAAAAAUUCGUGUUAUAGAACUGCUUCUACAAUACGGGGCUCAGAUUAAUAUGACGACAGAAUCUGGUUUAUCAGCAUUACAUGUGGCAGCAUUUAUCGGUGGACCAGAGAUUGUCCAACUGUUAAUACAAAAUGGUGCAUUAGUUAAUCAGGCUACAAUGCGAUGUGAAACAGCACUACACUUGGCUGUACGUAAUCGACAAGUUGAUGUCGCUGAAACACUUAUUUAUCAUGGAGCGUCUGUAAAUGCCAAGGCUAGAGAUGAACAAACUCCUUUACAUGUGGCAUGUCUAACCGGGACGCCUGAAUUAAUCUCUGUCCUGUUAUCUUGCAAGGCUAAUCCUAACCUGCCAGCUCGGGAUGGUUAUACAGCACUGCAUAUCGCUGCAAAAGAAGGUCGCCAUGAUAUUUUGGGACAACUUUUGGAAGCUGGUGCUGAUAUAAAUGCUCGUACAAAGAAGGGUUUUACAGCCUUGCAUUUAGCUGCUAAGCGAGGUCAAGCUAAAGUGGCUAAGCAGUUGAUUUACGCUCAACCCAAAAGUGUCAACGCCACUGGUCAGAAUGAUUUGACCCCAUUGCAUAUAGCGACACAUUAUAAUCGUCUACCUGUUGUACAAUUAUUGCUUGAUAGUGAUGCACAAGUUGACUGUCGAGCUGGCAACGGUUAUACAGCAUUACAUAUGGCAGCCAAACAAAAUCACCUAGAUAUCGCCACACUUUUACUGGCUCAUGAAUCUGAUCAUGUACAAAUCGCCAAUGCAUUCUCACGCAGUGGUUUUACACCGUUACAUUUAGCUGCACAAGAAGGUCAUACUGAUAUGGUCUCUUUGUUAUUACAGCAUGGAGCUGAUCCAAAUCACCAAUCUAAGAAUGGUCUUGCACCAUUACAUUUGGCAGCACAAGAAGAUCACGUUUCAGUGGCACAAAUUCUAAUAUCAGCUGGUGCACAGAUCAGUCCGUUGACAAGAGCUGGUUAUAGUCCAUUGCACACUGCAUGUCACUUUGGACAAAUUAAUAUGGUGCGGUAUUUAUUAGAUUUACCCAAUGCACCUGAUAUUAAUCAACGCACUCAAAUGGGUUUCACACCAUUGCAUUUAGCUGCACAACAGUGUCAUUCACAAGUGGUUCGUCUUCUCUUAGAAAUGGGUGCUGACAGUAACAUUAGAAAUCAGCAAGGCUUAACACCAGCGCACAUAGCACGUAAACAGCACUAUGUUACAAUAUUCGAUAUAUUGAAAACUGUGACUACAACUGUUGUCAGCUGGGAAGAGGAACGCGAAGAGUUCGAUCAGACUUUGAUGCUGGAACAUCCAGAUUUUAUGCGUGAACAUCCAUUUACUGAAUUCGACGAAGAUGGUGUUGCACCCUCACCGGCUAUUUCGCACAAAUUGCCUAAUAAAAAAACAAAAACUAGUGAGGAUAAUUUGGCUUCAUCCGAUAUGUCUGAUCAAAAAAAUCUUGCUAGCCCUUUCACUACAGCAUUCGACAAUACUAUGAUAACUGAAACUGAGAAUGAUGAUAUUUGGGGACAGUUGGAGUAUAUGCAUACCACGUUGAGUCCUCAAGGUACACUUUCUGAACGAAUAACCAGCCAGAAGGGUGAUGAGAAUACAAGUGAAUUCAUCGCUGCACAGACUAGCUCUAUUCUGGAAACAGUUUCUCCAAAAUCUGUACAUAAUAUUGAAGCUCAAAUGUUUGGAGAAAGUGCACAAGCUGGCGGAGAUUGGGACUUGGAAUCCGAGAAUACCACAGUAGUUAAAAGACCAGUUAAUACAGGAUUUUUAGUUUCAUUCAUUGUGGAUGCACGUGGUGGUUUAAUUCAAGCUCGACGUUAUCCUGAUCUGAAAAUAUUCAUCCCACCGAAUGUUGUCAAUGGUCCAGUACGUAUUGUCUGUCGUCUUGUUCAUCCUGAGCGUAUAAAUUCACCGCCUAUCAUGAAUGAUGGUGAUGGUUUAGCUUGCCGUUUAAUUGAAAUUGGACCGACUGGCAUACGUUUUGCUUCACCUAUUCUCCUAGAAGUACCUCAUUAUGCUUUCUUAACCGGCAAAAAUCGUGAAAUUGUUAUUCUGCGUUCAGAUAAUGGUGAAACAUGGAAAGAGCAUCCAUUAGACGCAACAGACCAAGCUGUUCAAGAUACGUUAGACGGUCAUUUCGAUUAUGCUGGGUCGUUUGAAGAGUUACGCGAAAAAUCAAUCCAUCGAAUAUUAACAUAUGAUCUACCACAGUAUUUUGCACUUGUAACACGUGUUAAACAAGAAUUAAUUCUUAUUGGUCCAGAGGGUGGUACAUUAACAUCUAGUGUAGUACCUGAAGUACAUGUUCGUUUUCCUCAAGGUGCUUUACAAAAACGUAUACGUGUUGGCCUUCAAGUGCAUCCAGUUGAUCAUGAACUUGUUGUACGUAUGCUUGGUCCACGUGUUUCUGUAUCACCUAUUGUAACAAUUGAACCACGACGACGUAAAUUUCAUAAACCAAUUACUUUGACUAUACCAUUACCAAAAACAGCUAUUUCAUCGUCAAGUGGUAGUAUGAAAUCUCGUUCAACAGUUGAUUCGCCUAGUCUUCGUUUAUUAUGCUCAAUUACUGGCGGUACAUCACCAGCUGUUUGGGAAGAUAUUACUGGCAGUUCUCCAUUAUCUGCACAUGAUACUGCAGUUUCAUUCACUUCUACUGUAUCUGCAAGAUUGUGGCUCGUUGAUUGUCCUAAUAUAACUGAAGUUGUUGAAUUGGCCAGUCGUGUCUAUCAUGAAUCGUUAGCAGUGCCUUAUAUUGGACAGUUUGUAGUGUAUGCGCGUAGAUUCCAUUCUGAAGAAGCUCAACUACGUUGUUUAUGUCUUACUGAUGAUUCUGCAGAAAAAACACUUGAAUUACAAGAAGGAUUUCAACGCAUAGCUACAGGACCAUGUAUUGAGGUUCUUGAUGAUCAUCCGCAUUGGAUUGAAACAGCUGGAAAUUUAGUUCCAGUCGCUAAAACUGAAGAACAAUUACAAUUGGGAAUGCAUGCAUUCCGUGAGAAUCGGUUAAAUAUGAUUGUACGUGUCAAAGAUACCUCCCAACCAGCUGUUGGAAAAUUAGCGUUUAUGCGCCAUCCUCGAGCUGUUCUACAGUCUGCCGGAUCACCUAUAAAACCAGCGACAGUUCUAGAAGCUCAAUUACCAGAUGAAUUGAGUGAAUAUCCACCAGGUGCUGUUUUAAAAACCACUGAUAUUGAUGACAUUCCAUCAUAUAUUCCUGAGUAUAACGGGCAGACUGGCUAUCAGGGUACCACUUAUACUCAGUCUGUUCCACAAGUAUGGACUACUAAACAAGAUCAAUACAGUGAACCAAUUGGUAAAUCAGAACUCGAUUUACGACAAGUUGCUUAUUGUCUGAAAUCUGAUUGGAAAAUUCUAGCUCAAUGCUUAGGCUUAUCUGAUGAAGAUGUCUAUAACAUCACUUCAUUGCCUAAUCGACCGGAUGAAGAGUACGCUUAUGCUAGUCUUCUAUUAUGGCAAGAACGUACUGGUAAUAAUCCAUUUUCGGGCACACAACUCUCUGAAGCAUUACAGGCUAUUGGACGUAGAGAUGUAUUAGAACAGUGUAUGACUAAUGUAUCACCUGUUAUUUCGAAAGAUGAACGCGCAACAGCUUUACGUUCAUUGAAUGGUAUUGCUUCUAUGUCCCCGAACUUAAGCAUGCAUCGUGAACAACGUUCUCAUUCUAAGCAAGGAGAUGGUUUAAGUGAAUCCAUUGAUACAGGAUACGGUACACAGUCUGGUUCAACUAAUCUAGUAACUACAACAACAUCGGCACCGGCAACAACACCUGUAAUCACUAAACCAAUAUCACCAACAGGCGAUACACUAUCCACUUCGGACAAUUUGAAUAAUUCUAAUUUACAUGAAGUUGAACAAGAAAUAAUACAACCGGUUACAGUAAAAACUGGUCGUGUCUUCUAUUCUGAAAAAAUAUUGGAACCAGUAGAGAAUAAGUCUGAGUCUCAUGAUCGGCAAGAGGAGAAGUAUGAAGUUUUAAAGAAAGUUGAAAGUGUACUCUCAGACAGUCCAAGUUCAUCAGUACUUGAAGAAGAUAAAACUUCUGUGUAUACUGGACCUGCAGUUGAUGAAGAAGUGGUCGUUCCCAUGCGGAAUACGCGUGCUGCAAGUCAUCUUGACGAAUCAGGGAAACAGGAAUUUGAUACAUCGCGACCAUAUCCUCAUGUGUCUGGCCACAUGGAAUCAUCUCAGUCAUCUGAUACAGAAACAGUCAUCACUAAUGAGAAGUACAGACCGUUAUUAAGUGAAACAAUCACUAAUAAAAGUGCCGAAGUUGAUGUGAAUGUUUUACCUUCACAUAGUAGUGGUGGUACUUUACAGGAAGAUAAAACAAGUGAACUGGUUUGUAAAACACUAAAAGAUGGUACACCGUAUGAACAGAAGAUUUUUGCACGUCAUCAUCCGAGAUGUGGAGAACUUGAAGCUACAUGGGGUAGAGGUGCAGAUCGUGAUAUCCCAUUGCAUGACACUGAUAAAAUGCAUGCUGAUGAGGGAGAUAGAGAAGUGUGUAAAACACCAUUCAGUAAUUCACCAUGUGAACAAGAAAUCUGUGCACAACACCAUCCAAGAUGCGGUGAACUUGAGGCUACUUGGGGUAGAGGAGCAGAUCGUGAUGUACCACGAGGUACCAGUCCAGGUGGAAUUGAUAAAAAGCUUGAAGAAAUCCCUACAUCUACAGUAGCCACAUCAUCUGAACAAUUAGUGCAUACAAUGCAUCAUCAAGCAGUUGAUCAAACUGGAAUCACUUCGAGUAAACUCGAUAAUUCAAGUACCAUAUCUACUCAGGAAAAAACAAUACAACCGACAACUUCGUCAACUUCAGUUAUCUCCGAACACCAAAAACCAAAUGAAGGUGAUGAAAUAAAAGAGAAAUUGUGCUCUAUCACCACAGUUGUAUCAUAGUAUUCAUGCAUUGUGGACUACUUGAAUAUUCAUUUACUGAGCAUAGUUUGCUUUUGGUAGUAGUUAGCCUUGUUUUUUCUGACGAGUUGCUUGAUCUGAGCCAUUUUAUCAUAUCCAGUUUAAUUAAUACAUAUUUCAAAUGCUAUGUCUUGCUGUGGCUACGCAAAAUAGCGCUCACUGAUCAUAAUACUAAAAAGAAGGAUCUGUGCUAUACUCUUGUAUAAUAUACUGUUCAUUGAUUUAAUGAACACUUUUACUACAGUAUGUCCCCUUAAUAGUUUGGCAAUAUUACAUAGUAAUGUCAGUUACUCGUAGCUUGUUCGUAGUUGCCAGUUCACUAGUAGUAGUAGUAAUAGAGUACUUAGUAGCUUAACAUUUUCAGGCAUGACUUUUUUUGUAUGCUGAGUGAAUCAAUGAAUAGAUUUCUUUCUUUUAUGUGUAUACUGAAUAAGUUUUACAUAUUUUGACAGUUUCAUUAUUUAUGACCACAGAAACAUACCUGGAGAUGUAGAAUUUAUUACCAUAAGCAGUCAACUAUCUGAUUUAAAUUGAGUUAACCACAAGGAAUUUCUCAUGUACUAGGCUAUAUUAGUCAUGAGUAUUGUGUGAGACAGCUGUUUACCCAAGUUGAAGUUCUUACAGGGGGAUUCGAACCUGGAACGCAUCGGCUAAAAGUUAGGUGUUCAAGUUAGUGAGCCACAUCUACACUGUCAAAUGUGCUAACACUGAAUUCCGCGGAUUUACUGUAACCGAAAUGACGGCGAACCGCGUCGUUUCAACUAGCUGGCACACGGCACAGAUGAGAAUGUCAAAACCAGAAUCAGAAACGCAACACAGACGUUCACUACUCUGAAAUCAGUUUAGAAGUCUAUUGCACUCAGCAGCAUGAAGAACAAGAUUCGGAUUUUCAACACCAAUGUUAAGUCAGUCAGUUCUUCCAUAUGCUGCAAAAACUUGGCUUAUGUCUCUCGGGAAGCAUUACCAACAGCCAGUUUCAGACUUUAUCAACAGAUGCCUUCCCUGGCUUCAUGCUGACGAUUAAAUGCCUGCCGGAAAGAAUUAGGAAGAAGAACCUCUGGGAACAAACUAAUCAAGGAAGCUAUCGCUCAACAAAUACGCCGAAGAAAAUGGAGAUGAUGGAUUAGUCACAAGCUGAGCGUGACACUGCAGACCUUACCUUCGCUCGAUUGUUCCCCUGAAUGGGAGACUACGAGUUGGGCGUUGACCCGAGAGUGAUAUAGAGGAGGAGACGAGAGAUUAUAAGUCAAUCGUUGGGCCAUUUUAGG